UAUUGACAUGGUGUCAGCUGAUCACCACUCACAUGACAGUAAUCAGCUAGUUUUGCGUGCUACUUCUCAACUUCCAUGCCAUUUAGUAGUUCUAUUUCAAGGUUUCGAUCUUAAAAACUGCGUCGGAGUGAUCAGUCGUCAUUUAAAUGUGUGAUACCUUAAUGUAGCUUGCAGGCAGACUUCUUCAUUUGCAAACGAGGGCCUUCCAACUGGUUUGGCUGCACCGUUAUCAAGCAGGGCAUGUGGGAAAAUGGAUAAGAUUGCUAAAGAUGUUGGUGACAUCCAAUCUCGACUGAUAGACCAUAGACCCAUCACCCAGGGAGAGAUUCGCUACUUUGUGAGAGAAUUUGAGGAGAAGCGAGGUUAUCGCGAGGGACGACUACUGGAGAACAUCAACAAGAUGGUAGUUGAGGCCAACGAACAAGUGAUGCCCAAGUGUUUACAGGGGAUGCACGAGCACCUUUUUGAUGUCAGCACAAGACUGGAGGCUGCCAAUCACAUGGCUCAGAGAGUCCAGCAGAGGGAGCUAGAUGCACACCAGCGCGCCCAGCUGCAGGCGGGCUCCGGGCAGGACAAGGAGGCCUGGGAGGAGUUCCUGCGGGAGCAGCAGAGGCUGAAGGACCAGGUGGACGAGGAGCACGCCAAGGCCGUGGGGCGCCUCAGCACCCAGUACAGCGAGAUGAAGAAGGACCUGGAGAAGAUAGCUCCCAUCUAGGGACCUUCCGCCUUUAAUGGAGAGGAGGGGAGGGGGGGGGUUGAAGGAUAUGCUCAUAGUGCAGAAUGCUCCUCUUUAUCUUGCUUUGUUUUUUGUGUGUGUGUGUGUGUGUGUGUGUGUGUGUGUGUGUGUGUGUGUGUGUGUGUGUGUGUGUGUGUGUGUGUGUGUGUGUGUGUGUGUGUGUGUGUGUGUGUGUGUGUGUGUGUGUGUGUGUGUGUGUGUGAGGAGGGGGUUAAUAUAUCUGAUGCAGGUGAAAACGGCUCCGCCUGUCAGAAAAGACUGUGGCAGCCACAAAUGCAGUAUAAAGCCUUUGGCCAUGCAACCAAAGGCAACAUUUUGUUAAUAAAAAAAGAAGCGUGAAGUCGACAGUGUCAGAUUGACGGGGCAUCAAAUACACUGUCUUGUGCACAUGGAAUUAAAAGGCAUGCUAAUGAUCUGGCAAAUCUCUCUUUAUUUAAACAAACAAAUCACUUGAUUGGGUUUUGGCUUUGAGGUGUUAAACAUAGCAAGAUUUUUUUAAUGGAUUCCGGGCUGACUUUGGUCUGGUGAUACAUUUCUAUCAUGUUGAGUAUGAGCAUGAGUGUGGAAAGUGCAGUUUGGUACCAAGAGGAGAUCUUUCAAGUUUGGACACUCAAAACAUGACACGGUGUCCAAAGUGCCAUAGAGCAGGUGUGUUUGGAGCACACAGGGUCGUUAGUGUUGUAGAAACGAGGUCAAACAGAGCAGAGGUCCAGAACAACACUCCAUCCGUCAGCAAGUCCUCAAUAUUUUGAACAUUGGACCGCCGACAUCGACUUGAGAACAAACCAGCCUACAUUAAGAAAUGAUGAAUACGUUCAUGUUUUUGUUAUUAUUUGGCUCCAGUACAGGAACAUUUAUAACUGACGUCUGGCCUUAAGGAGAUUUGAUGGCUUUUCCAAACCAUUUAUCACUUUAACCGAUUUAAACUUUGAUGAUGGCCUCAAUUUGUUAAGUACAGACUUGUGUUUUCUAGCUUCGCCAUCCUUUUCUUUUUGAGGUUCAUAACACUUAAAAGGUUAGGCUCUUCAUUUUCCUUCAUUCCAUCUUUGUCUGUCUUUCAUAUAAUCUAAAAGGAAGACAAGUCUGACUAAUUAGAAGCUGAUGGUUUCCAGCACAUUCAAUCAAUGCUUUUUAAUCAAUUAAGUUACAUUUUUUCUUCAACCAAUUACUUCAACCAGCCCCAUAAAAUCACCUUGAGAGCUCAUUUCUUGGCCAGCUGGCGGCGGCGCUCAUAGCUGACGUGGCACAUCAGAUGUCUUUCUGUUGAGAUUGUGGUGUUUUGCUUGGUGAAGUGUCGGUGGCGGGACAAUGGCGGGCUAUUUGGACAGGUUGAUGAA